GAACCCGCUGGCGAAGGACGCAAGGUACGACGCCAUCCGUCGCUUCCAGGGGGCGAUGCGGGAUUACCUGAAGAGCAUCGGGCAGAAGGACUACAAGGACACGGAGCAUUUCCUCAACAAUGACAACGACGGGGAGCUGAUGGUGGAUGGGUGGAUUGCCGGCGAGGUGCUGGCGCGGGCGCUGAGGGACUGUAAAGGGGUGAGGGACCGCAAGUCGUUCAUGGAGUCUAUCUUCAACCAACGCCGGUAUUUAAUCGACGACCUUGUGAUCGGCGACUUCGGUGGCGAGUGCCACGGCGCGGCUGCGUCACAGGGCGCCACCUGCCGCUGCAACCAGGGCGGCCGCACGGUGUACAUGAAGCGGUUCGUGGAGGACUUCCGUGCGGAGGUGGUUGAUAAGGGCCUCAUGACGUUUCGGCUGUCAGAUUGCAAUGUUUCGAGCACGCAGGUGCCUCCGGUGUUCAGUGGGGCGGCCUUUAUAAUGAAUGACAGCGCUGUUGCACAGCGUGCCUCUGCGGAGUUGGUCCUCGGGGCUGCUCUGGCAUAUUCACGCCAUGAGACCUCCUGGGGGGAAAAUCAGAUCAGUGUGGCCCCUCUUCCCUCUGCUCUUGCUGAUGCCCGUGAAGUCCUGCAGUCGGAGCUGCAAUCACGGCACGUUCAUGGGGUUGUGGGUGUUGUGACGGAGGCGGUGCUGGGCGUGGAGGGUGUGGCCUUCAUCGACCCGCUGCAGCUCGAGCCGCGGCUGAACAGGUUCCGCCGGCACGUGAUCCACGUGUCGCCGACGCUGGAGCAGCAGUUCUUCGUGCUGGCGGAGUACCUCCGAGACGCGGGUUUCCGCGCGGCGCACGCGGUGAUCCGCGGCGAGGAGGCGGCGGCGGUGGCGGAGGUGCUGCGGCGGUCGCUGGUGACGUUUGGCGGGUCGCUGCGGUCCGCGACGCUGCUGGCCGGCGGCGACGCGCUGGCGGGGCACCUGCCGGAGGCGGGCGACGUGUUCGUGGCGGGCCUUGCGGCCGGCGACGUCGCUGCGGUGGCGCGGCACGUGGCGUCGCACGACGGCGUGCGUGUGUUUGUCGCGUUCUCCGAGUUUGCGCUGCUGCACGCCGACUUCGCCGCCGCGUUCGGUGGCGAU